AUGGUUGGAGAACAGAAUAGUAUAACCUUGUCAAGUUUUGAUAUAAACACUAUAAAAAGCUUUAUACGUGGAGUUGUGGUGUGGGCAGGAACGUGUGAAAUGAUGCUGGUGAUUCUCCUGGUGAUGGCUGAGGCUGAUGCUCUCUGUUUCUGUUUCCAGGGAGGAGAACACUGCUACUACCAGGGGCACAUCCGAGGAAACCCGGCUUCAUUUGUUGCAUUGUCCACAUGCCACGGACUUCAUGGGAUGUUCUAUGAUGGGAACCACACCUAUCUCAUUGAACCAGAAGAAAAUGACACCUCCCAAGAGGAUUUCCAUUUUCAUUCAGUUUACAAGUCCAGACUGUUUGAAUUUCCCUUGGAUGAUCUUCCAUCUGAAUUUCAACAAGUACACAUUACUCCACCAAAAUUUAUUUUGAAGCCAAGACCAAAAAGAAGUAAACGGCAGCUUCGUCGACAUCCUCGUAACAUAGAGGAGGAGACCAAAUAUAUUGAGCUGAUGAUUGUCAACGAUCAUCUAAUGUUUAAAAAACAUCGGCUUUCAGUUGUACAUACCAAUACAUAUGCGAAAUCUGUGGUGAACAUGGCAGAUUUAAUAUAUAAAGACCAACUGAAGACAAGGAUAGUAUUGGUUGCUAUGGAAACCUGGGCAGCUGACAACAAGUUCGCCAUAUCUGAAAAUCCAUUGAUCACUCUACGUGAGUUUAUGAAAUACAGGAGGGAUUUUAUCAAAGAGAAGAGUGAUGCAGUUCACCUUUUUUCGGGAAGUCAAUUUGAGAGUAGCCGGAGCGGGGCAGCUUAUAUUGGUGGGAUUUGCUCGUUGCUGAAAGGAGGAGGCGUGAAUGAAUUUGGGAAAACUGAUUUAAUGGCAGUUACUCUCGCCCAGUCAUUAGCCCAUAAUAUUGGUAUUAUCUCAGACAAAAGAAAGUUAGCAAGUGGUGAGUGUAGAUGUGAGGACACAUGGUCUGGAUGCAUAAUGGGAGACACUGGGUAUUAUCUUCCUAAAAAGUUCACCCAGUGUAAUAUUGAAGAGUAUCAUGACUUUCUGAAUAGUGGAGGUGGUGCCUGCCUUUUCAACAAACCUUCUAAGUUUCAGCCCAUGGGGACCGUGUGCCGAGAAGCAGUAAACGAUUGCGAUAUUCGUGAAACGUGCUCAGGAAAUUCAAGCCAGUGUGCCCCAAAUAUUCAUAAAAUGGAUGGAUAUUCAUGUGAUGGUAUUCAGGGGAUUUGCUUUGGAGGAAGAUGUAAAACCAGGGAUAGGCAAUGCAAAUACAUCUGGGGGCAAAAGGUGAUGGCAUCAGACAAAUACUGCUAUGAGAAACUGAAUAUCGAAGGGACGGAGAAGGGGAACUGUGGGAAAGACAAAGACACAUGGAUACAGUGCAACAAACGGUGA